GUGAAACAUGCUGAGAUGUUUGGUGCUCUAGGUAUGAUUUUAUAUUCCGAUCCUGCUGACUAUGCUACUGAUGGUGCUACUGAUGUUUAUCCAGAUUCCUGGUGGUUGCCCGGCACAGGCGUACAGAGAGGCACAUUAUGGAUAAAUAGUGGUGAUCCACUUACGCCAGGCUAUCCGUCAUUAGAUAGUGCUUAUAGAGAAGAAGGAGAUAUAGAUGGAUUGCCAAAUAUACCGGUACACCCGAUUGGAUAUAAUGAUGCUGUAGAGAUAUUGAGGCAAAUAGAUGGUGAUAAGGCACCUGCAUCAUGGCAGGGAAAACUGGACACUGUUUAUAAUAUUGGGCCACAAAUGAAGAAUAACAGUUAUGUUACAUUGGAAGUACAUAAUGUACAGAGACGAAACUACACAUAUACAACUGUUGGUUAUAUCAAAGGCAGUCUAGAACCUGGUAAGUCAACAGAGAAUUGUGGUUAUAUCAAAGGCAGUCUAGAACCUGGUAAGUCAACAGAGCAUUGUGGUUAUAUCAAAGGCAGUCUAGAACCUGGUAAGUCAACAGAGAAUUGUGGUUAUAUCAAAGGCAGUCUAGAACCUGGUAAGUCAACAGAGAAUUGUGGUUACAUUCAAAUCAGUCUAGAACCUG